AUGCGGAGGGGGACGAGACGGGACUCGGCUCCUGCCGCCGUCACGGAGAGGAGGUCUCGUAACAGCAACGCCCCGUACAAGAAGGGCCAGCGUCGUCUCCAACCGCUGAGAAGACCGAGGUUCUUCGUAGCGAAUAAGCCGGUCAGGCGGGCCGGCUCCGUCCCGGACUGCUCUUUGGACUCCAUCGAGGAGGCAGAGCCGGUGCAGACGGUGGUAGAGGAGAGUCGAGCUGAGGGAACCAUCGGAGUGAGUCUGUACGUCAAAUUUCUAAGAGCUGGAGCAAGCAUCUUUACUCUGCUUGUUGUCUUACUGGUCAACCUCCUGGCUCAGGUAGCAUACAUCAUGCAGGACUGGUGGCUAGCUUACUGGGCUGAUGAGCAAGAGAAGCUCGGUGAUUAUAACAGCACUAUCAUCCACAACGGACAGAACAUCACCAAAGAGCUGGACACAGCUUUCUACCUGGGCGUUUAUGGGGGUUUGACAGCAGCCGUCAUCGUUUUUGGCUUCAUGAGGAAUCUGCUCCUGUUCAAUGUGCUGGUGAGGUGCGCACAGGCUCUGCACAACUGCAUGUUCAACUCCAUCCUCAGAACACCUGUGCGCUUCUUUGACAUCAACCCCAUCGGAAGAGUUCUCAACAGGUUCUCUAAGGACAUCGGUCAGCUGGAUUCUAACUUACCGUGGACCUUUGUGGACUUCAUCCAGGUGAGGACAGAUGUCAGAGCACUGACGCAGCAGCUCAUUCAAUUCACACAAUCAAUCACACACCCAUCCUGAGGAAGAACCGCAUCCUCAUCAUCGACGAGGCCACGGCCAACGUGGACCCCAGGACAGAUGAGCUGAUCCAGAAAACCAUACGAGACAAGUUCAGAGAAUGUACCGUCCUCACCAUCGCUCAUCGUCUCAACACCAUCAUAGACAGUGACCGCAUACUG